CCCUUGAGCGCGGGUCGCCGCCGCCUCGCCCUGCCAUGAGCCGUCCCCCGUCGCCGCCGCAGCAGCGCUGAGCGGGGAGCGCGGAGCCAUGCCGGGCUGGAAGAAGAACAUCCCCAUCUGCCUGCAAGCCGAGUCGGAGCGAGAUGAGAGUCCUUAUACAAAAUCUGCAAACCAGGCAAAGGCACCUGAUGGAGCACUGUCUGUGAGGAGACAGAGUAUUCCAGAGGAAUUCAAGGGCUCAACAAUAGUUGAAUUAAUGAAAAAAGAAGGCACCACCCUAGGGCUCACAGUAUCGGGUGGUAUCGACAAGGAUGGGAAACCAAGAGUAUCUAACCUUCGUCAAGGAGGAAUCGCUGCUAGGAGUGACCAGCUGGAUAUAGGGGACUACAUAAAAUCUGUGAAUGGAAUCAACCUGACCAAAUUUCGCCAUGAUGAGAUCAUCAGCCUGCUCAAGAAUGUUGGUGAAAGGGUUGUGUUAGAAGUGGAGUAUGAGCUGCCUCCAGUCUCUGUACAAGGAUCAGGUCUCAUCUUUAGAACUGUGGAAGUUACUUUACAUAAAGAGGGGAACACUUUUGGAUUUGUAAUAAGAGGUGGAGCACAUGAUGACAGAAAUAAAUCUCGUCCUGUAGUAGUAACAUGUGUCAGACCUGGAGGGCCUGCUGACAGAGAGGGCACAAUCAAACCUGGGGACAGGCUGCUGAGUGUUGAUGGGAUCCGACUGCUGGGAACAACACAUGCUGAAGCCAUGAGUAUUCUCAAACAGUGCGGGCAGGAGGCGACUCUGCUGGUUGAAUACGAUGUCUCAGUGAUGGAUUCAGUAGCAACAGCUUCUGGGCCACUGCUAGUUGAAGUUGCCAAAACUCCUGGUGCUGCUCUUGGGGUUGCACUAACUACCUCGAUGUGCUGCAACAAACAGGUCAUUGUCAUAGACAAAAUCAAAUCUGCAAGUAUUGCAGACAGAUGUGGUGCAUUACAUGUAGGAGACCAUAUUCUGUCCAUUGAUGGCACCAGCAUGGAGUACUGUACGCUGGCGGAAGCAACGCAGUUUUUGGCUAAUGCAGCAGAUAAUGUCAAACUGGAGAUCCUUCCCCACCACCAGACACGGCUAGCGCUGAAAGGCCCAGAGCACGCAGCUCUGGUGUCUUCAUCCUUCUCUCCUACCUCCAUGAGUGCAUACAGCCUGAGUUCCCUGAACAUGGGGACCUUGCCUCGCAGCCUCUACUCCACCAGCCCACGUGGGACAAUGAUGAGGCGGAGGAUGAAAAAGAAGGACUUCAAAAGCUCCUUGUCUUUAGCCUCUAGCACUGUUGGUUUGGCUGGGCAGGUCGUCCACACAGAAACCACAGAAGUAGUGCUGACAGCUGACCCCAUAGUGGGGUUUGGGAUACAGCUCCAGGGUAGCGUGUUCGCUACUGAGACCUUGUCCUCUCCACCUCUCAUUUCCUAUAUUGAGGCUGACAGUCCGGCGGAAAGGUGUGGGGUGCUGCAAAUAGGAGACAGAAUAGUGUCAAUAAAUGGUAUCCCAACAGAAGACAGCACAUUUGAUGAGGCCAAUCAACUGCUCAGAGAUUCCUCUAUCACCAACAAGGUCACUUUGGAAAUAGAAUUUGAUGUUGCAGAAUCAGUUAUACCAAGCAGUGGAACAUUUCAUGUGAAACUACCAAAGAAGCAUAAUGUGGAACUUGGCAUCACCAUAAGUUCUCCAUCAAGUAGAAAACCAGGGGACCCUCUGGUUAUUUCUGAUAUCAAGAAAGGAAGUGUUGCUCACAGAACCGGGACACUCGAACUGGGUGAUAAGUUGCUGGCAAUAGAUAAUAUUCGACUUGACAACUGCUCAAUGGAAGAUGCUGUCCAGAUCCUUCAGCACUGUGAGGACCUUGUAAAGUUAAAGAUCCGCAAAGACGAAGAUAAUUCCGAUGAACAGGAGAGCUCUGGAGCAAUUAUUUAUACUGUUGAGCUCAAGCGCUAUGGUGGGCCUCUUGGAAUUACAAUCUCUGGUACUGAAGAGCCCUUUGAUCCCAUAAUCAUUUCCAGCCUUACGAAAGGAGGAUUAGCUGAAAGGACUGGGGCAAUUCACAUAGGAGACAGAAUCCUAGCAAUAAAUAGUAGCAGUCUGAAAGGAAAACCUUUGAGUGAAGCCAUUCAUUUGUUACAGAUGGCAGGAGAAACUGUCACCUUAAAAAUCAAGAAGCAAACAGAUGCUACCAGUCCCAAGAAAUUUUCUGUGCCUGUGGGUCACGUGAGUGAGCUGAGCGAUGCUGAAGAUGAAAGUUCUACUGCACAGAAAUCUGGCAAGCUCUCGGACAUCUAUUCCACUACUGUCCCAAGUGUCGACAGCGCAGUAGAGUCAUGGGAUGGUUCCGGUAUUGAUACCAGCUUUGGAAAUCAAGGACACACCUAUCAGGCUUCAGGAUACAACUUCAAUGCCUAUGACUGGAGGAGCCCCAAGCAGGGCAGUUUGUCCCCUCCAGGCAAAGCACGGAACCACCCAUUUCAUGAUCCAGGGCUGAGUGACGACGAGUGGGAUCGACCUGCAGCCAGCAUCACAGCUUCCAAGAAUAUGUGGCAACAGAAGGAGACUGAGACAUUGGGAGAUAAUCAAGAAAACCAUUUAAAGCAAACAUCUGUAGAAAGAUCAGGUGGAGAGAGCAUCAGGAGCGUGAAGAAAGAGGGAAAGAUGUGGAAAGGUGCCUCUGGAGGGCAAAGGAAAGGUGGGGGACAGCUGGAAGAGUGGAAUACUUCCAGCUUCACAGGUACCCAUGAUAACACCGAGGCUGACCAGGAGGAAAAUUUCUGGUCUCAGGCUCUGGAGGAUUUAGAGACCUGUGGCCAGUCAGGAAUUCUGAGGGAACUAGAGGACAAGGCUGACAGGCGUCUGUGUUUGAGAAACAUGACUCUCUUGGCCACAAUCAUGUCAGGAAGUACAAUGAGUUUGAAUCAUGAGAACCCACAACCUCGUAACCAGCUGGGAAGACAAGCCAGCUUCCAGGAAAGAAGUUCUGUAAGGCCACAUUACAGUCAAGCUACUCGUAGCAACACAUUGCCAUCAGAUGUGGGGAGAAAGUCCAUGGUUCUGAGAAAAUUUAAGCAAGAAAUGAAAGAAAUAAUGUCACCAACUCCUGUGGAGUUACACAAGGUAACUUUAUACAAAGACUCUGAUGGAGAGGACUUUGGGUUCAGUGUCUCAGAUGGUUUAUUGGAAAAAGGAGUGUAUGUUAAAAACAUUCGACCAGCAGGCCCUGGUGAUCUGGGAGGUUUAAAACCAUAUGACAGACUUCUGCAGGUAAACCACGUUCGCACCAGAGACUUUGACUGCUGUUUGGUUGUGCCCCUCAUCGCAGAAUCUGGCAAUAAGCUGGAACUGGUCAUUAGCAGAAACCCACUGGCAUCUCAGAAAGGAAGCUCAGAACAACACACUUCAGGGAGUGGGGAGUGGAGCGACCCGAAUGCUGCCUUCCUUCAGCAGAGCGGACACACCAAUGUUAUCACGGAGACACGGGAUCCUACAAAUACCUUAUAGCAGAAACCACUGGAGCAGGACAUUCGGUAACAAAAGACAAUUAUGGUGCUAAAUCCAUUCAAGAUUUCUCUGAGAUUGAGGCUCAGAUGCUGUACAGCACUGAAAAGCACAGGAGGUCAGUUGGUCUGUCUCAAGGCUUCUAUUAAUCCACAGUUACUUUGGAAGUAGUUUCAUUCUUCAUUAAGUCAUUUUCCAUUCUAAACAAUCUAGGAUUAGUUACAAAAAAAUACAUAAGGGCCUUUUUUUUCCCCAAAUAAGAAACUGGGGAGAUGUUUUAAACAUGAUCUAAAUGUUCUUCUCCCUUCAGCAACAGCAGCUGUUUGAGGGAAAAACAUGGAGUUAACCUCUGCUAACAAACAGUAGUGUCCAGGUUAUGCUGUUUUUAAAAAUCCUUUUAUGAGGAAGGUGCUGCUGUGUGAUGGACAAGGCAGAGUGGUUUCCUGCACUGGGUUUUCCUGGGAAAUGGCUACAUCUCUGAUUUUGGAAACCUUUAUUCGCUGGCGAGAAGGGUACACACAUUACACAAAGCAGAGUUUAGAUGCUAUAACAAAAUGCUUGCAGGAAGCUGCAGUUCGCAUUGAACAUUGCUCACCACUUCAGCAAACUUUGCUAGACCAUAUGUUAUUCCCUAUGCAAUGAAAUAUUUAAUGCUAUGUCCUGCAAUCUGUGGGGAUUUUUAAGCAGAGACUUUUUUUUUAGUGGGAUAAAACCUCUGACAAGGAAUUACUGAAAAGAGCGAAACUGAAAUGAGUUCAGACAAAUUAGAAACGUCUUUUUAAAAGAAAAUGGCUUUUUUAAAAUAUGUCAGUGGAGAUUGAUACAAAAGCUCUUUAAUGAUCCAUAAACCUGUAAACUUGUAGUCACACAUGAGCUUUUUAAGUCAAUCAGUUUCUUGAAGGAAGAAAGGUCCUAUUUAAUAUGCUUUGUUUUCAGCCUUCUUUACAAUAAACAUUACCCCCUGCAACAAAUUUUUAGAAUAUAAAAUUGUAAAUAUAUUUUGCAAACACAUCACACAAAUUGUCUCCUCUCCCCUCUCCCCCCAAGCAAUAAAAUACUGCCAGUUGCUUUACAUGCUCACCAGCAGCUGCAGUGGUUUAUUCUGGUAUUCAAGUUGUUAUUAGUAAUUAUUCUUAUUGGUGAAUAUAAAGAUACUGGAUUUGUACAUUUGUAGAGUCACCAUAUCUAAGCAAUCACCUUACAGAGUUGUUUCUGGUCUAUUUAAACUGUUUAAUGUAUCCCUCUUGCUGUUUCCAAUACAUAAACAAGCUCACUUGUCCUGCACACACAAAGUAUCUCUGAUUUCUAUUUCAGCACUGCCAGAAAAGGUCAGAAUGACAUUACAGGCUG